GCGACACAAGCAGCGCGUUUUAGGUUUUUGUCUGUUUCUCCGGUCUUCGGUUUGUCGAGCGGCAACGUGCUUGUCGCUGGAUCCAGCCCGAGGCAGCGCCAACGAAACGACUGACCUAACCUUACCUUGACGGAACGCUUCCCCGAUGUGUGUUGCACCAUCACGAUAAAAAUGGACGACCCUCGUGCUCCCGCUGAAGAGGCACAUCCUGGCUCCCGCAGCGCUAGGGCGCCCACGCCCGCCGGCGGAGAAAAUGGUAGCGGGCAGCAGUUGCCCUUGCGCCAAGGUCACGAGCUCCCCUUUGUCGCGCCUUCGUCAUACCUCCGCCCGAAGCCUCCCAGUCGCACAAUGUCGGAGAAGACGCCGAGCGCGCUGGACAGGGACCAGAUGCAGGGUUUGCGAGGCAUUCGCGAGUUCCUCAAGGUCCGGACCAGCUACGACGUGCUUCCGCUGUCUUUUCGUCUCAUUGUGCUCGACACCGAGCUCCUGAUUAGGAAGAGUCUCAACAUUCUGAUCCAGAAUGGCAUCGUUUCCGCGCCGCUCUGGGAUUCGACCAAUUCGACCUUUGCGGGCUUGCUUACGAGCACUGACUACAUCAAUGUGAUCCAGUACUACUGCCAAUUCCCGGACGAGAUCGAUCAGGUUGACAAGUUCCGUCUCAGUAGCCUCCGAGAUAUCGAACGAGCGAUCGGGGUCCUGCCCCUCGAGACGGUGUCGGUCCACCCAAUGCGUCCCCUAUACGAGGCAUGCCGUCGGAUGCUUAAGACGAGGGCCAGGAGGAUCCCCCUGGUUGAUGUCGACGACGAGACGGGCCGCGAAAUGGUGGUUAGCGUCAUCACGCAGUACCGCAUCCUCAAGUUCAUCGCCGUCAACAACGAGAAGCACACGAUACUGCUGAGGAAGCCAGUGAGGGAAAUCGGUCUCGGCACCUAUACCAACCUGGCAACAGCGGACAUGAACAACUCCGUUCUAGACGUAAUCCACCUGAUGGUCAAGCACAACAUCUCGGCGGUGCCGAUCAUCGACAGUGAGAACAAGGUCCUGAACGUUUUCGAGGCUGUCGACGUCAUUCCUUGUAUCAAGGGCGGGGCCUACGACGAAUUGACUUCCUCGGUUGGAGAGGCUCUCUCGAAGCGUGCCGAUGACUUUCCUGGCAUCUACACGUGUAGCGAAGACGACCGUCUCGAUGCCAUAUUCGAGACGAUCCGCAAAUCCAGGGUUCAUCGGUUGAUCGUCGUGGAUGACGACAACCGGCUCAAAGGCAUCAUCUCCCUCUCGGACAUCCUCAAGCACGUCCUACUCUUCGGGGCGGAAGACGACAAUAUUCGGGCCGGCUAGCAUGGUGCCUUUGCCGGAGGCAUCCGUACCCUGCUGAGCAUGAUCCUGGUGUUCUGGCUUUGCGAGGGUCCGUUUUGCUCCUCAGU